GGCCCGAACUGAGGGCGGCCGCGGCGGCCGCGUCGCUCGCGGCGCUGCUGCCGGCGGCGGCGCACGCGGCGGAUUUAUCGACCAUGGCGGCGCCGCUCGACUCGACGUUCCUGCAGUCGACGUCGCUCGUCUUCCUGUCGGAGAUCGGCGACAAGACCUUCUUCAUCGCGUCGAUCUUGGCGGCGAAGGCGAGCCGGCUCGUCACGUUCGUCGGCAGCUUCGGGGCGCUCGUCGUCAUGACGGUCAUUUCGGUACUGAUCGGCCAGGUCUUCCACCAGGUGCCGGACUCGUUCACGGGCGGCCUGCCCAUCGACGACUACGUCGCGAUCGCCUCCUUCGUCUACUUUGGCGCCAAGUCCAUCAGCGACGCGCUGGGCAACGAGGACGCGGGCGCAGGCAUGGCCGAGGAGUUGGACGAGGCGGAGCAGGUCCUCGCCGAGGGUGACGUGCUCGAGAAGACGCGCGGGAAGGCCCUGAGGCUCGCGGGCGAGGCCUUCGCGCUGACGGUGGCGGCGGAGGUCGGCGACCGGUCGCAGCUCGCGACGAUCGCCCUGUCGGCGGCGCAGAACCCCUACCUGGUGUGCGCGGGCGCGUGCUUCGGCCACGGCCUCGCGACGGGCAUCGCCGUCGUCGGGGGCGCGUUCAUCUCCAAGUACACGAACGAAAGGACCGUGGGCCUGGUGGGCGGCGUCCUCUUCCUGGUGUUCGCGGCGACGACGGCGCUCGGGACCUUCUAAUAUUUAGUAUUAUCCGGAAGCAC